CGUCUCUUCCGGGGAUCUAUUGGCCCUGCCGCCGCCGUCGGAGGCGCCGUGAUUGCCUCCGCCACGACCGUUGCGUACGCCGACGACGGCGCCGUCGUCUUCGUGCACCCCGGCCGUGCGCCCAACGGCGAGAAGCUACCCAUCUACGAAAACCCCAACGACGAGGGGACUGUGACGCUCGUAGUGCACCACAACCCGCUGUCCGAGCACAUUGCGACUGCGCGCGAGGCGACGGCCGAGGCGGUCGGGAGCGUGCGCGGCGUGGUGCAGCAGGGUGUGUCGCGCUGGAUCGACUUUGAGCGGAGCGUUGAGCGCGAGGUCAAGUCCGUCGUUCCCAAGGACGAGAACUUGACACCGGGCAUCAUCUACGUCCUCGUCGCGGGCCUGACGGGCUCGGUGCUGAUGCGCACGCGCUCGUUCCCCGUGCGCUUCCUUGCGCCGCCGACGUUCGCCCUCGCUGCUCUCCCAUACUUCCUCCCGAAGACGGCACACAACCUCCGCGCGUACGUCUCUGACCUCGAGGACAAGCACGCGCCGGACUUUGCCGCGAAGCACGACGCCUUCAACCAGAACCUCGAGAUGCACUGGCACAUGGCUGUGGACCGCCUGCGCGGCGCGAGCCACGAGGCGGCGCAGUGGAGCUCCAAGGCCGCUGAGGGUGUCGAGAGCGCGACGGGCCUGCGUGUGGGCAACGCCCUCCGCCGUCCCGCUACACAGGUGGAGCAGGCGCGCGCCGCUCUUCGCGAGGAGAUCGCCGCGCUGCCCGAUGCGCCACCCCUCACGCCCCCUGCGCCCGUGACCGCGCCCGUCGUGCUUGAGAAGGUCGCGACGGUGGUGGAGCAGAAGCCGAUUGCCGAGAUUGUCGUCGCUGUC